AUGCAUGUAACUUUGAAGAAGGAGUUCAUCAAGAAAAAUGGAAAUCUCUUAGAGGAAGGUGCCUCUAGAAUUAUCACAAAUUUUCAAGUGGUUCAUAAUGGUGAUAAGUUCAGGACAAGCCCUCACGUUUACAAAAUCCUUUUAGCAUCAACAACAUCUGUCAAACCGGCAGAAGAAAUGGAUCCAAGAAUCUUAGGUUUCAAGUUCGUCAAGUUUAGUGAUAUUCACGAAGGCAAAAUGAAUCCAGAUUUCUUGAUAGAGAUGUUCAACUUAAUUGUGUUCUUUGGGGACAAUUCUGAAAAUCUUGAAAGUGUGGCUCAACAUGCCAAUGAUGCUGUGAUCGUUGCUGUUUUGCGUUUUGGAAAGUUAAAACUUUGUCAAGGUAUUUGGAGUGUUGGCAAUUGCUACAGCUGUUCGAUGGUCAUUACUGAUCCAGUGUUCCCAGAGAGUUUGGCUUUUAAAGAGAGAUUGCCAAAAGAUGGUUUAAACCUGACCUAUACCCAUCCAAAUCAGUUGAGUAUUGUCAAUUAUGUAUCAGUAACAGUAAGGGACGAUUUCUUCUUGCAUAGUCCUCGAAGGACUAUUAGCGAGAUAAUUGCUGCUUCAGAGGUUGUCAAAUGUGUUACCAUAGCCACAAUUAUGUUUAUAGACACUGAGUUUGGCUGGUAUUACAUGUCAUGUGGAGCUUGUGCUAAAAAAUUUCUCCCUCAUGAUAUAGAUUACUUAAAAGAACUAUAUCCUGGGAAAACAUUUAAGAAACAAUUGUGGCAGUGCAAAAAAUGCAAUGAGGAUGUUGAGAAUGUUUAUCUAUCGUUCAUGUUGACUUUUCGUGUCAUGGAUAAUACUGGUGAAACCAAAUUCCUCUUAUUUGAUCAAGAGGCAAAGGAAGUUGUCAACCAAACUGCUGCUCAGUUAACUCAGUCUGUUAAUGAGAUUCAGGAUCCAGAUGUCUUGCCCUUGGCUUUGAGCAAUAUUUUUGGUAAAACGUUUCUUUUCAAGAUUGCAAAUGCAGGUUCAAAUAUUGUUUUCAAUAGUGACACAUACAAGGUCAUCAAUAUAAUUACACAAAGUUAUGUGGUUAAGGAGUUUUCUGAAAUCUCUACUCCUCAGAGCACUCCAAGUAUCAAGAUAGAGGAAAAAGCUCACAAUACUCUUGAUGGAAAGGUUCCUAUAAUGAUUAUGGAUGAUGAUGAUGCUGAAAUUACACCUACUCCUAAGCGCAAAAACAAUGAAAAGAUGGAAGUGAUUAAGGAUACUGAUGAGUAUUUGAUGUGCUUCGUGUUGAGGGUGUCAAAUGAUUAUGAUCAUGAACGUGAACCUGUGAUAUUGGAAAAGUCCUCAAGGUUUCUUUUUGAUACCCAUAUUGUCGAAGUUGACAAGUUCAAAGAUAGGUACUUCAAAUCCAAUAAGACGGAGAACAAUGACAUUGAGAUUAAAGACUAA